AUGUGGCAUAGCAUCAGGAGGGACUCCUGGGAGCAGGCCAGGAACUGCAUCACGUGCCAGAGCAGCAAGACGGGAAGGCACACCGAAUCACGGAUAGGCUCUUUUCCCCAGCCCAGGCGAAGAUUUGGACACAUCCACAUUGAUGUUGUAGGGCCCCUUCCUCCAUCCGAUGGUGCAAAAUACCACCUGACUGUGAUCGACUGGUCUACCAGGUGGCCUGAGGGCACCCCAAUGUCAGAAGCCACCGCAGAUGCCUGUGCCGAAGCCCUCCUGAUGGGGGCCAAGCACCACACCACCGCGUCCUACAACCCCACAGCCAACAGCAUGGUGAAGAGGGUCCACAGCUCUCUCAAGGCUUCCCUGAUGGCUUGCUGCAAAGGCCCCGACUGGAAGGCACAGCUCCCAUGGGUCCUCCUCGGCCUCCGCACUGCCCCAAGAGCCAACAGCAGCCAGUACCUGGCAGAAAAGGUGUACGGAGAGAUCCUGACAGUGCCAGGCAAAUUCCUCCCCGCAGACAGCGACGACCCUGACAAUCCCGUGGCAAGACUCCAAGCAGCCGCCCAGAAGUUCGUCCCCUUCCGAGAAACAUAUACCGACAGGAAGAAGCAGUGCCUUGGACUCCUGUAG